CGAAUCAAUUGUAAUUGUUGUGUUAGGAGGAAUUGAUAAGUUGUGCAUGACCAAAACGACGGGUAGAACGAGGAUAUGGACCAACCCACUACGAGUACGGCGAAAUCCCCUCCAGCAAUGUCGGAGGAGGAGAAGGAGCGGAUUCGGGGAAUCCUAUCCAAGUGUUAUACCGAUGGGGUUCUCCCGAAGAAAUUGGCCCCAAAUAUCGUGGAAGUAGGUGACAAUUUCGUGAAGGUAAUUGUGAAUCCGGAGGUUUGUCGGAUUCAAGCAGAUUGGCUCCGAGAGCAUGCGGUACAACACUUCCAUUAUGAAGAUGACCCGGAUUGCCCGAAGAGAAAGGGAGCUUCAUACGCGGACAAGGUGAAGGGCAAGGGUAGAGGUAAAGAUCCAGAACCGGCACCCGGUCCGGGGGUUGAAAAAGUUAAGGAGGGGGAAGAUCCGCCCUUCCCCACGAGUGAGAAGGGUAAGGAGGGGGAAGGUGAGGGCACGGGGAAGAAGGACAUGGAGAAGGAAAAACAGUCUUCAAAUUUGAAAGAGCGGUCAACAGGGGCGGAGGGUUCACACAUGGAAAUCGACGAAGCAGGAAAAGAGAAAGCAGGAAACGAGAACGGUGUGAAAGGGAACGAGGGUGAAGACACACGGGAUGAUAUGGAAGAGGAUAAAUGGGCUGGAAGAGAAAAGCGAAAAAGGGAGGAGGAGGAGGAUCAAGUGGAGAAACCACAUGAAAAGGAUGGAGCAGGAGAAGAAGACGAUGAAGAGGAAGAAGAAGAAGGAGAGGAGGAUUCUUUAGAUGGAGGGUACAACACUCUGAGUGAUGAAAAGGACCUGCAGGAGGACGACUCCUUUUCUUGGAGUGAAGGAGAGGGAGAGAGGGAAGAGGAGGAGGAGGGGGCAAUGAUCGACCUAAUGGCUAUGACCGAUGUCCCAAGUCCCUCCAAGAUGUAUGACAAUGUAGCAUAUGGGAUGGUGACCCCAGCCAAAGAACUUGGAGGGUCCUCCGCCUCGAGACAAAUAAAUGGAAUCUCCUCUCCAGAAGAGGAAUUUGCAGACUGUCGAGAGGCUAGCCUAAGCUCAGAUAAAGAAGAAUCGAAAGAUCAACUACAGUUGAAGCCACAAAGCGUCGAUACAGGCACAGUGGGAUCGCCAAUCAAAAAGGUAAAAGGCAUGGUAGGAGAAGCAAAAGGAAAUGGGAAACCAAAUUGCAGCUCAUUCGCAGGAGAUGCCAACUCGAGACUGAAAUUGAAAGAACAGCGGGUCCAUUGGAUCCCGCUGGCUCACUUUUUGGAUGUCGAAGUUGACACAUUAAAGAAUGUGGAAAUCACAGAAGAGAUAUCGGCACAGGAGACAAAAUUGAAUGAGAGUGAAAUAGGAAAUAAUUUAGGUUGGUGGCAGGGCCCGCAGUUGUGGGCCCCGACGCAGGGAUCCAAGGGUGGUGUUGCAAUAUUAAUAGAUGAAAAUCUGGAUAUGGAGGAACUCGAUAGAUUUGUAGAUCCAGAGGGUAGGAUCGCAUGAAUCAAAUUUGCUAUAGGAGACGAAGAUUGGUCUGUGAGGGCUGUUUACGCACCGGUGCACUAUCAAGAUAGGAAUAAAUUCCUAGCGGAGCU